ACACUACAGAGCAAGAGAAGUCAUGUAUAGCCCGCACUGUUGCAUCUGAAGCUGCCUUUUGUAGCUUUAUACUUAACCAAUUCUUUUCACUAUAACAGACACUAGAAGUCGUAUAUCAUACAUCCAUCAAUUCAAAUGGGCACCGCCUUGGGAUGGCUCAGGCAAAGACUUGAGGGUGUUGGUUCUGGGUCAUGGGACGUACUCAACGCCUGCUGGCACAUGGGGUUCACCUCAUUUGGCGGCCCACCUGUACAUUUCACAAUUUUCCAUGCUAAGUUUGUUGAUAAACUAGGCUGGAUAGAUGAACAGAUCUAUCAGGAACUAUUCGCCGUAUCUCAAGCCCUCACUGGGCCGGGAAGCACGAAAAUGCUCUACUGCAUUAACCUACUACACGGAGGUUUCGUUCCAGCCGUCCUCGGUUUUUUGCUCUGGAGCCUUCCCGGUGCUUUGGGAAUGCUCGGCCUCUGCAUCGGAAUUUCUAAUGUCGGCGAGACGUUGCCACCCGCCGUUUAUGCCCUGCUUUCGGGCCUCAACGCCUCUAUCGUGGGUCUAAUUGCUCUAGCAGCCACGCAGCUCUCGCAAAAUGCCAUCACCGACGACGUGACCCGCUGUCUAGUCUUUUUAGGAGGAGCCGCCGGCAUACUGUAUAAUGCGAUAUGGUAUUUUCCCCUACUUAUCGUCUCGGCUGGCAUCAUAACCGUAGUAUACGAUCUUCGCUGGCUUCACGGGCCUGCGCGGAGGGUUCGCCUGCUCCUUGAACGGGGUCGGCGAAUCCUGGCCGGUGACAACACUCGAAGUCGGAGGCCCAGCGUGGAGGACGGACGUGACUCCCCCGAAAGAGAGAGGCAUGUAUCAUCGUCACAAUUGGAACGCGUCAAUGGGUUUGGAGCCCGUGCAACGAUGGAUAUUGACACCACUCCAGAAAGGGAUGAUGAAACGCGCAUAGUACCGCCUGAUAGACAGUUGAAUAUGUCCUGGAAGGCCGGGCUUUUUAUCGCCGGUUUAUUCUUUGUAUCCUUCAUCGUUAUCAUAGCCCUAAGAGCCGCGCUGACCCACAAGCCUAUCCUCUACAGCCUCUUCUCCAACCUGUACUUGGCCGGCACUAUCAUAUUUGGCGGCGGGCCCGUGGUGGUUCCGCUGCUACGCGAAUACAUAGUCACUGAGGGAUGGGUGUCACCACGAGACUUCCUUAUAGGUCUGGCCGUCAUUCAGGCGUUUCCGGGACCCAACUUCAACUUCGCCGUUUACCUUGGGGGGCUGACAGCAUCCAAAUUCGGCUAUCAUCCCGUCGCCGGUGCCUUCAUCGGUUUUGUCGGCAUCUUCACUCCCGGCAUGGUCCUUUGUCACAGCAUAAUAGGCCUCUGGGGCACGCUACGUGGCCUGAGAAUCGUCAGGUCGGCCCUGCGCGGUUUCAACGCUGCCGCCGUGGGCUUGAUAUAUACUGCCGUCUAUCGCCUCUGGCAGGUUGGCUAUAUCGACGUCGAUUUUGUGCAAGGCGUCAGCUUGGGAAACGAAGCUUUCUGGGUUGUGAUCGCCGCCACAAGCUAUACGGGCGGAGCAUGGUUCCGUUUGAAGGCCCCUGUGUGUAUUAUCCUGGGGGCGGUGUUGGGAUUGCUCAGAUAUGCUGUUGUUUCAUGAUGAAGGGAUAAUGAUUUGCUAGGGUAAUUUGAAAUAAUGGAGAUUAAACAGUGCUCUAACAUAAUAUAGCCGGUGAGUCAAUUAACUGUUUCGGUGUCAGACAUACUGCAAUUUCGAACUGGGUUUUAUCUCUAAGGCUACGAGUAUAAGCUAUAUUGCAAUCGCCGCUGCAUCUGAACAUGAAGAAUAGGAGCCUGGGAGAAAGAUAGAAAGAACUUCUCCCAAUAGCACGAGUCCAAGGUCGUCAGAAAAGUAUGUAAGUCAACCAUCAUGACAAUUCCUUAGUAGUGGUCAAAGCCUUUAUCUUGGUUACACAUAGCAGGCUUAAACGUAUUCCAUUUGACAGUUUCGUAAGCCGUCUUUUCAGGUCCACAGGGCUAUGUUUAGGUUAAGGGUACGCUAGUAUGCGGCACGGGCCUUUACGCCGUAUUACCUAUGUAUUGGUGUUAAAGGGCUAAGAUCAGCAAUUAAAAUUAUCUGACAAUUAAAA